UCGUCUUGUCUGUUUGCGCUGCGCAAGUGUACCGGAAACGCCGGCUAAUCUACGUGAGAAUUUGAAUUUUAAUUUGAAAGUAUUGCGUUCGUGGGGUUGUGAUAGAAUCACAUUACACAACGAUGCCGAAAAAUUAUUUGUCAUCGCGCUACAAUCAGCAAUUGCACCAGAACAACGACGACUGGGAUGAGCUGUUUUGCAAAUUGUUUUGGUCACCGUUUGCCAAGGCCGCAACAGGAACUCGUACCAGAAGCGGUAACAUUCUGGGACCGGCUAGAGCAAGUUCAUCAGAUUCAAGCGACGAUGACCUCGCUCCGGUCGAAAUAAAAUUCCACGACGAUUGGAUCUUCAUGGAGUACCCAACGGCACCUGACCAAACAACGAACGCCGAAGACCCGAACGCACCGGACACCAGCCGAACGGAAACGGCUUCACUUCCGUCCGACUAUGAUUCCGACGACGAGGUCCAACGGAAGUCGUACAAAUGCGAAAAAUGUUCCAAACGAUUCCAGUACGCUCGCCAGCUACGUAACCAUUGGACCACCCACAAUGAAGAUCGUCUGCACAGCUGCGAAUGCGGUAAGAGCUUCAAGACUAAGACUUAUCUGGGUAUCCACCGGCGCAAUGCGGGCCACCACAAUUGGACCAUAAAAUGUCCCAAGUGUGGUAAGCCGUUUGCCAAGGAGCGGCACAUGGUGCGCCAUAGCGAAGUGGCGUGCGCGAAGUUUUUGGCGGCUCGUAACAAGAAGAAAGCUUGACGAGUGUCUGUUGUUGAUUUUUUGUGAGCUCAUAAUGGAUUUUAACUGUUGAUAAUUUUUCUUCUAAUAUUUGUUUAAAUUUGUAAUCGUUUCAUUUUAAUUAAAUUUAUCAUGCGCAUAUUACAAUCGUUUCCAAAU